AUGGAAUUUUGCACUAAAUUAUUAGAAGAGAUUGAAAAUUUUAAAAAUACAGGAAUACCAACAGCAAGACCAAACUCUAUGAAUUAUUAUGGUGCAGUAUACGUUGAAAUGAGAUUCACCGAAUUUUUUAAACAACUUAGAGAAGAUUAUUUAUCAUUAUUCACAUCAAUUCUAUAUAAAGAUUACAGUGGUGAAAAAAUUGAUAAAUCUGAUAUAACUGUAAAUUUAUGUUUAGGUAGCGAAUUCACUGGUGGUUCUUUAUACUUUAAAGGAAUUUUAGAUAAACCUGAAACUCAAUAA